AUGUACUAUGAAAAGGGGCUUAUGUGUUGCGGUGUGAACUCUCCAGGCAAGCACAUCCUCAAUGUCCAAGCCGCGAUUCGAGCCCCGUGUUGUCGCCAAUGGUUCGAUGUCAGUCGAGACACGACUCGAACGCUCUUGUGUGCUGUAUAGUGAUAUGUUGUACUGAUUGAGUCCAUGUCGUAACCUGUCCUACCGCUGCAGUGCGCCGAAUGCCAUGCCGAAAAAGAGGACCAUGACUUGACCAAGACGACCGAGAUGGCUUUCCUGUGCAAGAAGUGCAAGAAAGCGUUCAGAAAGGACAUGACCAAAUUUGAAGAAUCGGAUGAAUACUGCCCGCAUUGCGACAACCAUUUCGUGGGUUCCUCCGUCUAGCCGUGAUACCGAUGACCGGUGGCGCGGAUAUCACCUGAGCCUCACAAUUUUAUUCGAAUCGGGUCUCUUUCUCAGGUCAUCGACGCCAAGACACCGCAGCGUAUUAUCGAGUUCGAAACAGAGGAUCUGCGAGUCGAUGCGAGGUCAGUCUCGAGGACUUCGCCAAUCUUAAUAUAUUGGUUGGACAGCGGCUGACCAUACCUCAUACCUGCGCCGAUCUCACAGAGGACUUCGAGAUGAACGACAGCGUAACUUGCAUACAAGCGACAUUGAUGCAUUCGUUGAUCAGCUCGGGUGA